UCAAACAACUCAUGUAGCAUAACAAGAGAGAAUCAAACACAAAAAGUGAAGUACGCCAAAUACACAGCUUUGCACUUGACAUUGAAAAAAGGAGGAAGCGAGAUGUACGUAGAGCUAUGUACAUUGUACAUACAGAUCCACAUAAUGUAGUUAGGUGCGAUGCCCACCGCAUCACCCGUAUCUUACCAUUAUCAUUUCAUAGAAACUGUUUAUAUUUCAAGAAUUAUUGUUUUCAUGUGUAGUUUUAAUUCUGCAGCGAAAUAUACAGAUGUAAGAGUAGAUGUAGAAGCACCAUAUAUUUUAGGUGACAACCAUAAUGUUCUUUGCAAAUAAUCCGAUCACCAAUUCGAAUGAGAAAUCAAAAAGAAAAUAAAAAAAAUCGAUACUCGAAUUACACACUCAAUAUUAGAAAAAAUAAGCAUAUCUUAUCGUGGCAACGCAACGCAGCACUUCAAACAUUCAAGAAAUUACACGUUCAUUUGUUACCAUUUUUCGGUUCGACGAAUGUGAACGUAAGUAAAGUAGGUACGAAUUUCGACGUUUGAUUUAAAAAUACCUUCACUCGAGAUGGAGAUCAACAACGAACUGCUCAGUAAGAUCCUAAGCGGAGAUUCAUCUUCCAAAGUUGCAAUACUAGACUGGCACAUCGAAGACAACAUAGCUCCAGGAAACAAUCACUCAUCGAUGCUCUCUCGUCUGAUGGUCGAAUAUCAAAGAAAAGGUAAAAUAUUCAAAAAAUCUUUCAUCCUCAAAGUACCUUCGACUCAUCCCGCAUAUAGUUUCGGAAUUAAAUUCGAAGUAUACGAUAAAGAAUACCCUAUGUACACCGAAGUGCUCGAAGAAAUGUACAAAAUCGAUGGCGAACACAUGGGCCCCAGAUUAUACUACACCGAUGAUAAAUACUCGUUGAUGAUGAAGGAUCUAUCUUUAUCCGGAUACAAAACAGCAGACCGCACCAAACAGCUGGAUUUCCAUCACUGCUGCUUAGUUUUGAAAAAAUUAGCCAGGUUUCACGGUUUAUCAGUAAAGCUGAAUCGGAACUCGAAAAUAAGUUCCACCGUUAAACGAAUGUUAUAUUUAGAUGUAGAAUUGAAUGAACAGUUCAAAGAACUGCCAAGACGUAUUUGCGAACAAUUCGCGAAAAUCACGAGCUCAAGAUCGAGUCUGCGUGAAAAAAUCCUUCAAAUCAAAGACGAUAUGAGCGACAGGUACCGUCAAGAAUUAACUUCAGACCGAUUCACAUUCAAAGUUUUAAAUCAUGGCGACUUGUGGUUGGGAAACACACUAUUCAAAUACGACAAGUAUGGUGAGGUGAUGAAAGUGAAAUUCAUAGAUUUCCAAUACUCGUCUUGGACAUCUCCAGUAUUCGACAUUUUGGGUUUUACUAUCUGCAGUAUGAGGUUCGAUGUGUUCGAGAGACAUUUUGAUUUUUUAAUGGAAACUUAUAUCGAUUCGUUGAACAAGACUUUGAAACUUGUCCAGUGCGAUUUGUACUCGUUGGAAGAAUUGUAUCGUGAUAUGGAGAAUCUGCCAGCUACUGUGAUCAUGAACCUGAGUGCUCGUUUACCUCCUAUGUUGUAUGGUUUUAAAAAUGCAACAGAACACGAAAUUGUUAUCAAAGAUGGAAUAUUAGACAUUCCUGCUUAUUAUGAGAAGUUUUUCGAAAAUGAGUUAUACUUGAAUGUGCUGGAUCAAUGGAUUUCUCACUAUGAUAAAAAAGGUUUGUUUGACUGGAAGUGACGGAGCAACUGCAUACAGCUACCCAUUUCUUAAACUUACAUAAAGUAGGUAAUGUUCCAAUGUGAGUCAAAGAUUUUGUAUUACAUUAUUAUACAUUAUUGUGCAAUAUUUGAAAUAUUCUGUUCAAGUGUUUGUUAGUAAAUUUUUUCUUUGAAAACAA